ACGCCCACUACGGUGUUUCGACAAGCCACUUGACUCACCGAUGCGAUGGAGGGGAUGUGUACAUGCAAGUGAUUAAUGCCAGCCAAUCAUAUCAAAGCAGAAACUGAUCCGUACCGCAGUGUUAAAUGUCAACUGCAGGAUGGCGCCAGAAUCGAAAAGCUUUGUUUACGUCCAAAGGUUCUCGUAAUCGCUUUUGUUUCCGCAGUUUGAUUGUGGUUUUUGAGGUAUUUGCUUUAACUGUGUCUGCGCGAUUAAGAUCAUUUUAAAACCGCGACGAGGGUGUGAUGGAGAACAGAAGAGCAAGACUUUACGGAAAGACGUUAUCAACUAUAUCAGAAAAAAUAUUUCCUGGUUUGUCUACAUGUUCCGCCCAAACAUUAAACAGCCUGGAGGGAGAACAGAAGCACUUUCCAGCCUUCCUCUACAGAUGGCAUUGUACUUCAGUGUGAUCUUCUUCCCAGUUUGGCUUUCUUCUAUGACAGUUAUGUUUCAUUUCAAGUAUGGGUGCCUUACUGUUUUAUAUCGGUUCCUCGUUUCUACAGUUCUUCUGACAGCGGCGGUUAAUGAAUGUCUUAGACUGUACCUUGGGUACAUUGGUAACCUAUCAGACAAGGUACCUGAACUGGCUGGAUUCUGGUUACUGUCACUGGUUCCACAGCUUCCUCUCCAGCUGUUUUUGUUGCUUAAUCAGAACAUUAUGCUACAACCACUGGAGCAAAUAGUCCAGUCAUUUUCUGUACUUUUAUUAAUUAUUCAGUUACUGACUGGCUUUUUUGCACUACGCCAUUCUUCAAAGAUCCAUGCUGAGCAGUCUCGUUUGCGUGUACUACUUUCUACACAGCAGAAGGAUGAUUAAUAAAGUAUUACUCUUACUCAACAUUACGGAAGGACUCAUUAUUUCACAGAUGUAUUCACAGGGCUGCCCCAAGUUCUGGAAAUCAGGGAAUUUAAAAAGUGUCAGGGAAAUUUGGAGAAAAAAAAAAAAACUGGAAAAAUCUCGUUUUUCUCUCAGUAGAGGAAAUGGUUUG